AUGCACCAAGUGGAACAUCAAAGAUGAUGUCGUUAUUGCUGUCGUUACUGAUGGAGGGAGUAAUAUGAUUAAGGCUGUAGAAUUGGCUUUCGACAAGAAAAGACACACCUAUUGCUUUGCCCACCUACUAAAUCUUCUGGUUCAAAAGUCCAUUGAAUCUCUCCCUCUGCUAAAAAGUUUACUGGAACAAGUGAAGACUAUAGUCAGCUGGUUUAGAAGCAGUGUAAUUGGAAGCGAUGAGCUUAGAAAGAGGACUGUCAAUUCUACUGAAAAGACUUUAAUUCAAUCGGUUUCCACAAGAUGGAAUUCCACGUAUUAUAUGGUGGAACGAUUUUUGGCGCUUCGGGAAAUCGUAAGCAGUAUUAUAAACUUUAAUACAACAGCUCCACCAAUGAUAAUAGCGAAGGAUGUAGAAUUCCUUCAGGAUUUUGUAUUACUUUUUAAGCCAAUCGAAGUUGCUACUAAAGAAGCAUGUGGUGAGAGAUUCGUUACGUUGAACACAACCAGCUUUUUGCAACAGCAACAAUAUUAGAUCCUCGCUUCAAAAAUUUGCAUUUCGACGAUAAAGCGGCAUUAGGCAGUGUUAUACGGAAGCUAUCAAAUGAAUUGAGAAAAGACUUAAUCGAGUCAGAAUCCGAUAGCGAUGCACCUUCUCAUUCUUCUGGGUCCAAAGAAAAUGAAUACAGCUUAUG